GAAACUUUUUUGUGGGACUGAAGGAAUAACACAUAGAGCUUCACACUCUUUUACAUUCACCACAAGUAUUUUCUAUUAUUCCACGUCAUACUCAUUUACAUUCCAUCAUAACACAUAGAGCUUAAACUGCUAAGAGAGUAAUAGACAAUCCCACGAAAUUCAACAUCACCAGAAAUGACAGGAAGCAGGAAUUUUCUCGAUAUUUUAUUCUUUAAUAAUGUUUCAGUUUCUGCACGCUCCGCUACCACGCUCAUUACCAGGAAGCUUAAAGAGUUCCCAAAUCCUCUCCAUUACUCGUCUUCGUCGUCUUCUUCUUCGCCAAAUCGCUCUCUUCCUGCUGCAGCACACCAUGCCAAGGCGAUCAAAGACGGGUCGUUAACCCGGAGCUUGCAUCUGCGCAACUGUCUCUUGACUCGCUACGCCAAAAGCAGCCGCUUAGACUCCGCCCGCAAGCUGUUCGACGAAUUUCCCCACAGAGACGUCCGGUCCUGGACGAUAAUUCUCUCCGGCCUGGCUCGGUCCGGGUCGUGUCAAGAAGCGCUGGGCAUCUUCUCGAGGAUGCUGGAAGAAGGCGUCGUGGUCCCGAACAAAUUCACACUGUUCGGCGUCUUGAAGUGCUGCGGUUCCGGCGUCGGGGAUGGGCUGAGAAAAGGAAAGGCUCUCCAUUGUUGGAUGGUCAUUCGUGGGGUCGAAGCAGACACUGCUCUUGACAAUGCCAUUCUUGAUUUCUAUGUGAAGCACGACGAGUUUGGGUGGGCAGAGAAGUUCUUUAGAACAAUGGACAGUAAAAAUGCUUCGUCAUGGAACAUAAUGCUGGCGGGGCGCGUAAGAAUGGGAGACAUGGAGAGGUGUGUGGAGUUCUUCCGGACAAUGGAGGUAAAAGCCACGUCGAGUUGGAACAUAAUAAUGAGCGGGCUUUUGGUGCACGGGUUCGCGGGUCGCGCGUUGGAAAUGAUGCAUGAAUUGUCUAGACACGGACGCCCGGCGUUUAACAGACUCACGUAUUCGAUAUCGCUGAAGCUGGCGUCUUGUUUGGUUAGUUUUGAAGUAGGGAGACAGAUUCACGGCAAAGUCAUAAGGGACGGUAGGUUUCGAGACGAUUCUUUGAGGACUUCGCUUAUCGAUAUGUAUUGGAAAUGUGGACGGUUGGAGAAAGUAUCUGCAUUUUUUAAGAUCUGAGAGCCAAUUUAAUACUGAUAACACCCACUGCAGGGAAAGUUUUCAAUCAUUCUUAAAGAGUUGAGUAACUUAUAAUCAUUUCUCAACAAGACUUUGUAUCUUCAUUAACUCUCGUAUACAGUAUAGUAUAAAGAAGUUGUCACGCU